CUUCCUAGCAUUAUUUUUUAUCAUUCGCCUCUGUAAAAUCCUCCAACUGAAGCAAAAAUGGUGUACGCUCUUAAAGUUUUCAAGAAGACCUCACCUAAUAGCAAGGUGACCGUUUAUCUUGGCAAACGUGAUUACAUCGAUAACAUCACCAAAAUCGAAUCUGUCGAUGGCGUCGCCUUGAUUGAUCCGGAGUACCUCAAAGGCCGCAAGUUGUUCGGUCAGAUCGUUUGUAGCUUUCGUUACGGUCGCGAGGAAGAUGAAGUCAUGGGGCUCGAGUUCCAAAAGGACUUGCUCAUGGCUUCCGGUGAGAUCCGCGCCAGCCAGAAGAAUGAUCUCACCAAAAUGCAGGAGCGUUUGAUCAAAAAGCUUGGAAGCAAUGCUUUCCCAUUCAUUUUUGAACUGCCGAAAAAUGCCCCGCCAUCGGUUACUCUGCAACCAGGAACAGAAGCUCAGGGUAAACCGUGUGGAGUUGAAUACUUUCUGCGGGUCUUUGUCGGAGAGUCAAUGGAUGAUCGUGCUCAUAAAAGGAGCUCUGUCUCUAUGGGUAUCCGCGUAAUUCAGUUUGCCCCGUCACAGGGACAACAGGGACGCCAGCCAUGCACAGUUGUACGUCGUGAUUUCGUUCUAAGUCCCGGAGACUUGGAGAUGGAGAUUAAUUUGGAUAAACAGUUGUAUCAUCAUGGAGAGCCUAUCGCGGUAAACGUUGUCAUUCAGAACCGUAGCAAUAAAACAGUGAAGAAAUUGCGUGCCCAAGUUCUACAAUGUAUUGAUGUUUGCCUCUUCGAACACGGAUCGUACAAAACGCCGGUUGUCACUCUCGAUACGUCUGAGGGCUGUCCUAUCCCUCCAGGCGGUACUUUGCACCGCACUUACACCAUGACGCCACGUCUCGGGGCGGCCGUGGCUGACAGGCAUGGUGUUGCUCUGGGCGGUCGUCUUCGCGAUGAAGAUACGGAACUAGCUUCCACUACACUAAUGGCCAACCCCGAUGAUCGCGAUGGGUUUGGUAUCAUCGUGACUUAUUUGAUUAGAGUGAAGCUCUUCCUUGGAGCUUUAGCUGGUGAAUUGGUUGGUGAGCUCCCAAUAAUCAUGAUGCAUCCAAAGCCUAAUCCAAAGAAGUUGCCACGCAUGGAUAGCGUAGCUUUUGAAACAUUUGGCAGCAACUCUGUUGAUGACGCUGGCCAAGACAUGGAUCGCAUGAAAUUGGAUGAUGUGGACGAAUAAAUAAUAAGAAAAGGCCUUAACCCAGACAUCCUUGAACAGACCCUGCCAUAUUUAAGAGCGCAUGUCGCAGUCUUGUAUAGAACUAGCCUACUGUGUGCUCCGCAGGUGUUGUCCACUAAUUCCUUUGAUUGAUUAUUGAAUACUAUUAGGUUUUCGCUAUUAUAGAAACAAUACAUCUUCCUCAUACGCAA